CUGGAACACUCAUAAGUGAGUAAUGCAACCUAAAACCAUGUCUAUGCUUAACAGAUCGUCAUGGUCUAUUUAUCUCCAAUCACAUCAGGAUUAUUAAAAUUUUGCAAAAUGUUCCCUGCAGGGUGCUUUCCUGCGCAGACAAAGUUUAGAGAUGUUGCUUUGAAAAUAUUUUGACAGUUUAAAAUGAGACAUACAGUCUUUUGCAAUGUGAAUAAGUCAGUAAUAUCUGGUAGUAGAUAAUAUCAAGAUUUCGUUGCCAUCUCACUCGAUUCAAUAACUUGUCUACAAGACCCUUCAACUAUUAUUGAAUCAAGUGAGAUGUGAACAAAAUCUCGAUAUAUAGGCUAUCUACACAGCAACACUCAUAGCGAGUAAUGAAACCUGAAACCAUGUCUAUCCUUAACAGAUCGUCAUGGUCUAUUCAUCUCCAAUCACAUGUCAGCAUUUGGAUUAUUAAAAUUUCGCAAUAGUCUUCCCAGAAUUGAGUGCUUUUCCUGCGAAGACAAAGUUAUUUCAUUACGCGCUGUAAAAAGUGUUGUUCUUAUCUCUGCCAAACUGAGAAUCAUUCCAUUUGAAUUCAAAACGUAACAAAAUGAGCUGCACUGAUUUGCUAUCGAAAUUUGACGAUUUGGUAAAGCGAUUCAAGGAGGAAUUUAAAGAAAUUGUAGAAGGCGAAAGAGAUAAAAUGAAGGCGGAAAUUGAAGCGUAUCAGGCCGAGAAGCAAAGAAUGAAAGCAGUCGACGUUAGCGACGAUGAUAUAAUACUUCUGAACGUCGGUGGACAAAAAUUCACGAGCACAAGAUCCACUUUGUGUCAAGUAGAAGGUUCCUUACUUGCCACCAUGUUCAGUGGCAGGUGGGAAGACAGUGUGAAGCGUGAUCAAGAUGGCGCCGUAUUCUUUGACGUCAACCCACAGUAUUUUGGUUAUAUUUUGGAUUAUCUGCGCACGAAGAAAAUUGCGUCGCCAGAAAAUCCUGCAGAAUUGCCAAAAGUUCCAAGAGAUCAAGCGAAAAAUUUCAACACUUUUGUCGAGUAUCUCGGUCUAAGUAAAGAAAUCGUCCCCACUGAGAUUGAAACUGAGAAAUUAAGCGAGAAAUUCAAUUCACACAGUCCUGGAAUUAGUAUUCAGGAAGACGGCAAAGUAGCAGUUCACGAUUCAAGUGUGGGGCAUAAAUAUGUCCUCGGUGAGAAUGUUUAUCAACAUGGGAUUACCCAUUUCAAGUUAAAGUUAGAGUCCUUUCAAAAUAACAAUUGGAUCAUGGUUGCCAUAUUGAAAGCGGAUGUUGUACCACAGUCAGUUGGUUCAUAUUCCUUGUCUGGUUGUAAUGGGUGGUAUCUCGGGACCGCUAUUCCGGGAGUGAUUGAAAACGGAUCGCAUACAACAAACAAUAUGUUUAAUGCAACUAAACAGGGUGACACGGUUGAGUUAGUUUUGGAUUGUGAUGGAGGCAAGCUAUCAAUACAUUUACCCACUGGUCAGCAAUCUCACAUCGAAAUACCUAAAUCUCAAAGUUGGAGGCUUCAUGUAAGUUUGCUCUAUGCAAACGACAAAAUUCGCAUUGCCGAAGUUGUGUAAGCUUAAUGAAAUACCAAGUACAGUCUUUCUGUUUGUAAGAUUUGUCUAAUCUGUAAUCAUAGACAAAGAAGCAAUGUUCUAUAAACCACACCUUCGCUUCUCAAGUAACCUUGAAAGGACCUUUUAUAGAGACAUUACAGUAGAACUAAUAAAUAAAAACAAAGUUUAGUUUUGUUUUAUACCUUCGUUCACAGGGACAGGUGCUAAUAAUUUUGCACUUAAAACAUUUAAUAAGAAUGCGUGUAAAUACUGUUUUGUUUACAACUAUUACGCCAGAUGAAAUACAACUUGUUUUAUAAAUAGUUUCGUUGUUUUUUAGUCAUUCUUGUUUUGUUGUGGUAUUUGCUAAAACAAUUAUUCACCUCAGUGUCGGUGGACAGUG